AUGUCAACUUCACCAGAUUUUCGGGAACUACAAGAGCAACAAAAUUCACCUAAACUUACAAAGGAAGAAACAGAAACUGUUAUAAAAGCCCGUAGACAGCUUAAUACUCAUUCUCUCGUUGGUUUAGCAAUUGGAAGCGCGUUAGGGUAUUACUAUGGCGGAGCAUUCUUAGGAAACAACCUCGGCGCAAUAUCUGGCCUAUUAGCAUCCCUACGCACACUUCGGACACUACCUGAUCCCAAUCGCGUUCUUGCGAUGAUCAAAGAAGCGCAGUUGCGUUUGGUUUCCUCUUGUGCUUUCAAGUAUAGUUUCUUGUUCAUGUCCCUCGAAACUGGCAUAGGCUUCCCGCAGAAGGAUGUUCGCAAAAGUCGGACGCAACAAGGAGACACGGAAGAGUUGAUGACAGGACCCGAUGAAUAUGAAGUUGAUGAAGCAACGGGUGAAUUGAAAAGAAAGACAUAUGAUGAUGGUAUGAAUAUGGGCAAAAGUAAUAGUCGAGACUCAAAGCCCAUGUCAACAUGGGAGAGGAUCCGCGAACAAGCUCGAAUCAAACAACAAGAACGACAACAUCAGCUGUCCAAACCUCAAUCUGAACCUUCCUCCGAAGAUUCCUUUUCUGGCUAUAAUCCUUCUUAUCAGCGUGGUGGAGAGGUGCCUUCAUCUCACGAGAAUACAGUCAGUAAUGACGGGUUUGGCUCUACUAUGGGUGAUAGCUACGGCAAUAGCACUAGUGAUGCGGACGGAGUUAAAGUAUCGAGAGUAUAUAAUCCACCGCGUACGAGAGAGGAGUUGGAAGAUGUAAAAAGAAAGGGCGGGGUUAGAACUAAUCAGUAUGGAGAUCCGAUAUGA